AUGCUUCCACAAGCAAGGCUUUCCAGUGCUGUUCAGCCUUUGAGUCUGCUUCUGAGAUACAAGGCUCAUCAUCAAGUUUGUAAAUUUUCAUCAUUAGCAUUGGUGUUGGGUCGUUGGAAAGAAGGAAUGAAACAAUUUUCAGGUCAUGAUUCCAAUCAUCGGAAUUUUCAUUUAUCAUUUCUUGAUCGUUCCUCGUCGUCAUCCACACAAAAAGCUGGAGUGAUGGACCACACUUCACUCGGAGAUUUUCCAUUUACUCAAACUCAAUAUUUACAAGCCAUCAAUCGGUCCGUAGAUCAAAUCACUCAAGUUUUGGAUGAAUUCUAUGAAAAUGAAACUGAAUAUUUAGAAGAGAAGGGAAUUGAUAUGGAAGUUGAGGGUGGACAUGAUGGUGUAGUGAAUAUUAAAAUUAGUACGAGCAAGUCCAACGGUCCUUUGGUUUUUGUCAUUUCAAGACAAACACCUGCGAGAGAAUUGUGGCUAUCAAGUGCCUUGAGUGGACCUUGGCAUUUCAAAUACGAUCAUGUGGCUGAUGACUGGAUUUGUACGAGAGAGGGCCAUCCUAAAUUUUGGGUGAGAUUACAAAAGGAAUUAUCUCAAGUUUUGGAGAAGGAAAUUAAAUUCGAAAAGGCAAAUUAG